AUGACGCAUCCGAUGCGAAUCAUUGUCUAUGUUUGUGUCUCUGAUAUUUCAGGACAUCCCCAGUGCCGCCAUAUUGCGCUCGGGGAGGCCGUCUGUGGGGACAUCCUCGGCCGGAAGUUCCACGCCACGCCCCGCCCGGCUCUUUACGACCAUGUCCAUAUCCCAGCAGACUUUGACUCCAGCCUGCCGAUAAACCGGUGGUUUAUUUUUGAUCUUAACGUCAGAGAAGCAUUGUCUUCGGAUGAUCUUAAAAGAAUAGCCCAUCAGGUCUAUUUCGCUAGUCGCCAAGGCAAUGAAUGGAUAUUCAUCCAACGUGACAGAUCAACUGAAAAGGCAAGAUCACAGACAGCGUCACUCACUUGGGGCGGACGCUCGGAACAGGAGAUUGUCUCUGAAAUGAGAAAAGAGCAGAAACUCGUCAUGGAAAUGAGAAAACAAUCUGGACGCUUGCAAAAUUCAAGCCAUGACGCUUCUUGA